CUUCCUCGUGUCAGUAUCUUAUGGCACCCUUUAACGAAAUGGAUGACCAUCGUACACCGCUUUCUACCCGGCGACUCAUAUUGGUCAUGCUCGUAAUCGGUUCAGCUUUUUAUUGCGUUUACACCCUUUGGGUAAACCAACACUACCCUGAUUAUCAAUCGUCGUGGAUGGCCAACGAUCAAAGUAAACCAUUCAACUAUACUUGGAAGAUAAAACCAUGGACUUUUGAGUACACUACACUCACGUUGGACCCGAGGCUUCCGACUCCACCGGGUGAUCUAGGCGUACCACUCCCGAAAAACUACAGUGACGACCGAAUCAAUAAGCUCAUCGAUGACGGGAUGAGAACGCAAGGCUUCAAUCAGUACAACUCCGACAUGAUAUCAGUUCGAAGAAGAUUACCCGAUUUGCGACAUCGAUGGUGUGAAGCGAAGCAAGAGCUGCUAUCUGAUCUACCUUCCACUUCGGUGGUGAUAGUGUUUUACAACGAGGCAUGGUCGGUGUUGGUGCGGACGGUUCACUCUGUGUUGGAUCGAUCACCCCCGUCGUUAGUUCAGGAAAUUAUUUUAGUUGAUGAUUGUUCCUAUUUACCACAUACGAAAACUCAACUAGACGAUUACUUCCGGCCGUACCCAAAGAUUCGGAUCUUGCGUUCAUCCGAACGGCUUGGAUUGAUGCGCGCCCGUCUGCUGGGAGCGCGGAAUGCAUCAGCGGAAACGGUAACUCAUCUGGAUGCGCAUGUCGAGGUGAACAUUGGUUGGUUGGAAGCUCUGAUGGAUCGAAUCGCUCGGAAUCCGUCAACAAUCGCCAUUCCAAUGAUGGACUGGAUCGAGCCACUGAUUUUCAGUGUUACGUCUCAAAACAGUCUGGGUCUUUAUGGUGGUUACGAUUGGGAUCUAGAUUUCGCUUGGAAGCCAAGAAGUGGAAGAUUCGUUCAACCAGAAAAUCCGUUUGAACCAUUCGAAACUCCAGCGAUGGUUGGUGGAUUAUUUUCGAUUCGCAAAGAUUUUUUUGCCAAACUGGGUUGGUACGACGAAGGUUUUAAAGUAUACGGAAUCGAGAAUAUCGAACUAUCGAUGAAAAGUUGGAUGUGUGGAGGUCGGAUGGAGAUCGUUCCGUGUUCACGCGUAGGACACGUAGCAAAGUAUGGACACCCGUACCUAAGAGAGGAGAAGACUAAUGUGGUUCGGGACAACUCGUUGCGAUUGGCGGAGGUAUGGAUGGAUGAGUACAAGCAGAUUGUGUUUGAUAAUUACGGAGUCCCGGGGUAUAACGAAACCGAAUUGGGAGAAGUUGCCGACAGGAAAAAAUUACGAAAUGACUUACAGUGUUCUUCGUUCAAAGAUUAUAUUCGGAACGUGUAUCCUGAGUUGAAACUACCACUCGAAGGAAGAUUUCAUGGUGAGAUGAAAAACAAAGCUCUUGGAAAUAACACUUGUAUGGAGUUCGAUCGAGCCAGGUUGAAGCUUCAAAUGACUGUCUGCGACCAUCGAAGACAGGGUCAGUAUUGGGCCUACAAUAAUUACUACGAAAUCAACAGCUACGGCUCCUGUUUGGACUUUACUGGUUACUUAUUGGGGAUGUACAAUUGUCACAAAUCGUAUGGAAACCAAAAGUUUGAGUAUCUACCGAACACUGGACAGAUUAUGAGUGCAACUCAUGGCCAGUGCCUAGCGCUCAGUUAUGGAGGUAAUCAAAGCAUACCAAUCAUGGAGCCAUGUAACGCGACAUCAAUCUUUCAAAUCUGGUACACAGAACCGAACGACGUCGAUUUGGAUCCAUUUGGAAAGAAAGAUUAAGGACUGAGGACAGUACCGUAAAGUGGUAGGUUUUUUGCUAUUUUCCCGUUUCAAAUUAAAUUUUCUUGGAAACGGUGCAGAAUAUGGAAAAACCCACCUGACAAUGUCUUCGAAAUUUAGUUGAGAAUAUUCUGUGGAAUUUUCAGAAUGAUUAAUUGAAUUUAGCGGUCGUGUUGUAUUUUUUUCUGACUGAAGAACUGCUGAAAAUUGGAACGCUCGGAAAUGCAUACCUCGACUUUGAAGGCUUGUAUCAUAAAUCUACCGUGACAAUGUCUAGAUAAUUUAGUUUAGAUGCGAUUAGUACAUUAAAACAUAUAUGUUAUCGCGAUAAAAAUAAAGUCUUAUAUUUUUCUGUGAAACGAAGUCAGUUUCAAUGCAUCCACCAUUAGCGUUAGCGUUCUGAAAAAGGAGAGAGAAAUAAAAUUGGCUCCACAAGCCUCCAAACA